AUGGGAACCCUUUAUUCUAGGGCUCAUCGAGUUCCUUUCCACCUUCUUGUGUGGUUGGCCUUGUUGUUUGUCUUCACAAAGGCCCAGGACUGCAGUAGCGCCAAUCCCUGCGCGACUGGCUGCUGCAACAAGUUUGGAUACUGCGGUGUUGGCGACGACUACUGCGGUGCUGAUUGUGUUGCUUCCUGCGACUACAAACCGGAUUGCGACGCCUCCAACCCAUGCGCGACAGGGUGCUGCAACAAAUAUGGAUACUGCGGCCUUGGCCCUGACUACUGCGAUGCCGAAGUGUGUGUGGCCGGGUGCGACAGCAAAUCGUACUGUGACCCCGGUGGUUUUGGGCAGUUCGCAGAGGUGUCCAAGUGCCCGCUCAAUGUUUGCUGUUCGAAGUUCGGCUUUUGCGGCAUGACCGAGGAGUUCUGCGGCGACAAAAAGGUUACACGGCCAUCGUGCAGCAAGUCUGGAAGCUUGAACAGAGUCGUGGGUUACUACGAGGGCUGGACGGUCAAAAGACCAUGCAAUGUCUUCUAUCCCGAGCAGAUCCCCAUGGGUGUAUACACUCAUUUGAACUAUGCAUUUGCCACUGUCGACCCGGUGACAUUUGAGGUCCUUCCUGGCAGCGACUAUGAGACCAAGCUCAUGAAGCGGUUGACAGACUUGAAGAAAAUUGAUCCCGAUCUCAAAGUGUUUAUUGCCAUUGGCGGCUGGACGUUCAAUGAUCCCGGUCCAACUGCGACCGUCUUCUCAGAUCUUGCUGCAUCUGAAGAAAACCAGCAGGCAUUCUUCAAGUCAUUGAUCAGCUUCAUGUCGACAUAUAACUUUGACGGCGUGGAUCUGGACUGGGAAUAUCCUGUGGCUGACGACCGCAGUGGUCGACCGGAGGAUUUUAAAAAUUUCCCCAAGUUCCUUGCCAAUCUCAAGAAGGCAUUAAAGGCAUCUGGUGGCCGGGACGGUCUGAGUAUCACAUUGCCUGCUUCAUACUGGUAUCUUCAGCAUUUUGACAUUGUGGAACUGGUCAAGCAUGUUGACUGGUUUAACAUGAUGACAUACGACUUGCAUGGCACCUGGGACAAGGGCAAUAAGUGGCUGGGAGAGUACCUCCUCUCUCAUACUAAUCUGACUGAGAUCACGAACGCUUUGGACCUUCUCUGGCGUAACGACAUUGAUUCCCAGAAAGUUGUUCUUGGUCUAGCAUUCUAUGCGCGUGCCUUCACAGCUUCAGAUCCAGGCUGCCUUGAAACCGGAUGCCUGUUUGCCUCGGGGGCCAAUGCAGGCAAGUGCAGCCACGAGGUCGGCAUUCUUCUCAACUCGGAGAUCAUGGAGAUUAUGGACGACGGAGGUCUGCAGUCAAAGCUGGACGAAGACGCAGCAGUCAAAAUCCUGACAUACGACACGAACCAAUGGCUCACAUACGACGAUGGCGAUACCUUUAAGCUAAAGACCGACUUUGCGCGCAGCCAGUGUCUGGGCGGCGUUAUGGUCUGGGCCGUUUCACACGAUACAGCCGAUGGCAAAUUCAGUCUUGCGCUGUCCCAAGCUGCCGGACGGAAGGCAGUAGCGCUCGCUAUGGCCGACACUGUGGAUAACACAACAGUGAGGACCGUGCACAGUCAGUGCAAGUGGACUAAUUGUGCUUACCCUUGUCCCAAUGGCUGGUCGCGUGUUCCACGGAGCGACGAUGGCGCCCGUAAAGACGAAAUGAUGGUGGAUCAGUCCGGCUGCGAUGGUAUCGGCGUGCACCAGCUCUGCUGCCCUCCUGACGCUGAGCUGCCAACAUGUGGAUGGUAUACGCAUCAUAAUGGCAAGUGUGAUCCGGCCUGCCCGGCAGGGACGGUCGAAGUGGGCUCGAAUUCCAUGUACUGCAACAACAACAAGUACCAGGCAGCUUGCUGCACCACCGGCACCAAUAGCACAAAGCUGUAUGCGCAGUGCUCCUGGGCAGACUGGCCACGCUGCGACGAUGGCAAGUGUAGCAAUACGGAGAUUGCUAGUUCGACCACAGGAAGUGGUGGUGCUGACUGCAACCUGCGCUAUGGAAACAUCUUCGCCGACAAAAUCGAGGUUCAGGAGCGCAAGUAUUGCUGUGACAACCAGGCUGAUGAGCAGUGGGAUGAUUGCCAGUGGUAUACGAAUGUUGGACUUGCUCCGGCCGGUCGCGGCGAUGUCGAGGGAUACUGUCGAAGCGGCUGUCCGGAUGACCGAGUACGGGUCGCCAUGGAUAAGUAUGGCGGAGGAUGUGUUGGGAAGGGCGGAAGAUCCAAGUGCUGCACGGCCAACUUUGUCACUCUCAGCAAGCGUGCCUACACUGAUGAUGAGGCGACACUGGCCGCAAACAUCCAGGAGUUCAUGCAGGAUCAAACCUGUGGGUCCAACAGUUGGUAUCUCAAGCGUGAGGUUGACUUCCACGUCGCGCAUGGCAAUCUGUCGGCCAUGCCUAUGCCUCGGUCGUUGGUGCAAAGGUCCAGCCUGAAGUCGCAGGAGGCGAUGGAAAACCUGCUCUAUGCCAUUGCGGUGCAAUACGGUGCUAGUACAGUCAAGCAAGACAUCUGGAAGCAAUACGUCCUCCCCGAUUACCCGAAUUUGACGGCAAAUAAGAUCCGAACUUGGAUGCACGAGCAAACGAUUUCCGUAUCAGAAGGCUAUUCAUACCUUGUGGGGUCGAUCGUCUGCAACCUUGCGUAUUACAACGCUGCCUUUGGCGAACAGAACGCUAUUUCGUGCGAAUGUCAGGAUAGCGACUGCUGCGACGGCGAUACGUUAUGUUCCAGCGAUGGAGGAUACGAGAGUAGCGACCUUGCAGCUCGAAGCAUAUUGCAGAAACGGGCUGGUUCUCGGUCGUUCAACCUUGAAUUCGACGAUGGGCAGACUAUGCACUGGGUAUCGCUGGGUUACUGGAGUCGAGGCCAAGUCCCCGCCAAUCAUCCCAUAAUGCAGCUAGGGUUUACAUUUGCCGAUCCAGCGGACUGCACGCUUCCAGACAUCGAACCGGAGUCCCUGACUGUAACAACACGCAGUCGCUUCCAAGUUGAACACGAGCUGGAACUGAACACGAUUCGCCAAUUCAUGAGGGAUGCGGCCAGGGGCGUACUCCCGUCCGGCGCAGUGGCUAGGACCCGCCGCAUCGCAGUGUCCUUCUUCGUUCAAGCCAUGAACAACCCAAUCCUCACUAACCCUCCUCCGAUGAUUGGUGGAGACCAGUCCUAUAUCCCAAUUGUCCGGGUGAUGAAUGCUCUCGGGAGCACGCGCAAUAACGGCCAUCUUGUCUUCCUCCUGAACGGACUGAACCGGAUCAAAGUACAGAUUUGGGUGGACAACGACCCGUACGCUGAAGACAAUAUGAACAAGUGGGUUCAAGACACAGACCCCUCAACAGCGCUGAGAGCCCUUCGAUCAGCGCUUUCGAUUAUCUAUUACCUGAACCACCCUAUAGCCCACGAUAACUGGAUUGGCCCAGCCAACGACGCACGAGUGGAAUGGGCACGCGCAGAGCUAGAAUGGGCUGCUGCGGGCAACGGACGCGAGCCUGUUGUGGACUUCUGGGACGAAUGGCUGCGAGAUUUCAUGCAGACUCGGACAACUCGGAUCAGCCAGUGGGUUCAAACAUGGGCCAGAACGAUGCGCCGGUACUGGGGUGCCCGAACGGGAGAUACUGCCACUCAAGUCUUGCAGACCCUAGCAAGCAUAUACAUCAGCGCAUCGGAUCUGAGUAUUGAAUUGGGCGGCCUGCAUCAGGAGCCAAUAGACUAG